AUGGACAUCCCCUUCGAGCUCCUGGACGAUGACGACCACAAGCGUUGCAACGGCUCCGAGUAUGUUCAGCCAGGCACCAAGGACAUCCAAGUACAGCUCGUCAUCUCUCUCGCCUUGGGGAUAUCUGCCUUUGUCAUCUUUUGUAUCCUCCGGCCGCGAUGGAAGUCGCUCUAUGCCGCCCGCAGGCGUCAGCUAGACUCGACCAACACCUUGCCGCACCUGCCAGACUCGUUCUUCGGAUGGAUGCCCGCACUUUACAAGAUCACCGAGGAGCAGGUCCUCUCGGCAGCCGGCCUGGAUGCCUUUGUGUUCCUUUCCUUCUUCAAGAUGGCUAUCCGCCUCUUCGCCGUCAUGUUCCUGUUCGCCGCCGUCGUUCUAGAACCCGUCAACGAGCAUUACAACCCCGACAAGCGCAAACCGAAACACAAAGACGCAUCCUACCUUUCCAACAUCUUUAGCCUCCCGGAGCCGGCGCCCUACAUCUACCCGAACGAGUUCCCCGUCUACACCCAACCCACCGACGAAGACAACAGCUGGAAGGGAUACUUCUGGGCGUACUUGGUUUUUGUCUACUUCUUUACUCUUCUGACCAUGUGGUUCACCAACUCUGAGACUUUCAAGAUCAUCAAGACUAGACAGCAUUAUCUCGGCACGCAGUCGACAAUCACAGACAGGACUUUUCGGUUGUCAGGCAUCCCCAAGGAACUGCGAUCCGAAGAGAAAAUCAAGGAUCUGGUCGAAAAGCUCGAGAUCGGGCACGUGGAUCGGGUCACCUUGUGCAGGGACUGGAAGGAGCUGGAUGACCUCGUUGCGGAGCGCGGCGCCGUCCUGCACAAGCUCGAGGAGACCUGGAGCGUCUAUUUGGCGCAGAAGCCCGUCCAGUCGCCCCCACAGGGCUCCAGUCCGCGCCUCGGCACCGAUGUAGAUGUUGACGAGGAGGCGGGCGAGAACGGUCGCUUGCUUCCCGGCGAGGUCGGUGCGCACCAGUUCGUGGAGCGCGACCGGCCACGGGUCCGAGUUGGUGGAUUUCUCGGCAUUGGCGGCCGCAAAGUGGACGGCAUCGACUACUACGAGGAGAGAUUGCGCCAGCUCGAUGACAAGAUCCGAGCCGCCAGGAAGAAAGACUACAAGGCGGUAGGUUUUGCAUUCGUCACCAUGGACUCGAUCGCGUCCUGUCAAAUGGCCAUCCAGGCCCUUGUCGACCCGCGGCCCGGCCAGCUCCUGACCAAGCUUGCCCCCUCUCCAACCGAUGUAGUCUGGCGCAACACCUACGCGCCGCGUAUGACGCGGCGUCUGCGGUCAUGGCUGAUCACCGUCUGCAUCACCGUUCUGUCCAUCGUCUGGUUGGCCCCAGUCGCCUCGCUCGCGACGCUGCUCAGCUUGUGCACUAUCCGCACCAUCUCCAAAGAUCUCGCCGAUAGCCUGGAAAGACACGAGAUCACAAAGGCGCUCGUGCAGACCGGUCUCCCCACGGCCGUAGUCUCGCUGCUCAACGUCGCGGUGCCUUACCUCUACGACUGGCUGUCCAACCUGCAAGGCAUGAUCGGCCAGGGUGACGUCGAGCUCUCGGUCAUCUCGAAGAACUUCUUCUUCACCUUCUUCAACAUUUUCCUCGUCUUCACCGUCUUUGGCACGGCGACCAACAACUACUGGUCCAUCGUCAAGGACAGCCUGCGCGACACGACCAAGGUGGCCUACUCGCUCGCCAACGAGAUCCAGCGCCUCAACUUCUUCUACAUCAACUUCAUCAUGCUCCAGGGCGUCGGCCUCUUCCCCUUCCGUCUGCUCGAGUUCGGCUCCGUCGCGCUCUACCCCAUCUACCGCAUGGGCGCCAAGACGCCGCGCGACUUCAGGCAGAUCAUGGACCCGCCCGUCUUCAGCUACGGCUUCUACCUGCCCACCGCCCUGCUCGUCUUCAUCCUGUGCCUCGUCUACAGCGUCCUGCCCAGGGGCUACCUCGUCCUGCUCCUCGGCAUCGUCUACUUCACCCUCGGCUACUUCACCUACAAGUACCAGCUGCUCUACGCCAUGGACCAACCCCAGCACGCCACGGGCGGCGCCUGGCGCAUCAUCUGCUACCGCAUCAUCCUCGGCCUCGUCGUCUUCCAGCUCACCAUGUCGGGCUACCUCGGCCUCAACAAGGCCUUUGUCCAGGCCCUGCUCGUCGCCCCCUUGCUCAUCUUCACCCUGUGGUACAGCUACUAUUUCCGCCAGCGCUUCGAGCCGCUGACGCAGUUCAUCGCCCUGCGCAGCAUACACCGCGGCCGGGCCCGGGGUGAUCGCUACGUCGACGAUGACGAAGUGAGGGGAGAUGUGGCGGUCGAGGAAGGUGCCGGGGACGACAGGGUGCAAGGGGUCAGGAGGAGGGGCAGCACGGUCGACGAGGACAGGGAGAAGGGGCUGUCGUUUGUGAACCCCAGCUUGGUGGUACCGCUGGAAGGACCGUGGAUCUACCACGACCCGCCGCCGCUGGUGCCGCAGGAGAGUGACGAAGAGGCCGCUCUGGGGGUCUUUGCCGACGAACCAGGGUUCCAAGGGGAGAGAUACCAAGACGAUGAGGAUAACGCGCAGGAGGCGUCGGAUACCGGCAGGAGUAAUACAAGCUCGGUGAGCUUAGGUGAUACCCACAUAUGGAGGAGCGAGGACUGA